AGGCCAGUGGGUUGGUACCUUCUUAGCCUUUCACUGAAGGGAAUGCGAAGUUGUGGAGGGUUGCCUCGAUGCCCACUUUUCCCACUGGACGCUGAGAGCCUGGGGAGACAUCUUACCCUACAGCAGAGGAGGUCUGAGGAGGAGGUGCGCUGCAUCAGUGAUGUUGUAGACUCUCCCACCCAAGGUGUUCCAUGUGCUCUCGCUUCUGCUGUCCCCAGCAAGACUGUGGACUUGUUUGAGAUGAUUGAAAAAAUGCAGGGGAGUCGUCUGGACGAACAAAGAUGUUCCCUUCCAGCUCCUCUCAAGACAGAAGAGGAGUAUAUUCCUUACCCCAGCAUCCAUGAGGUAUUACAGAAAGGGUGGCCAUAUCCUCUCAUUAUCUUACCCCAGUUUGGGGGCUACUGGAUUGAAGGGACCAGCCACAACCCCUCCAGCCUGAGUCCAACUCUGUCGGAUGUACCCUUUCCCUGGAGUGGUAAAGUGAAACUGGAAAGUGACCCUACAGCCAAGCUGUACCGCAAACAUUUUCUGGGGAAGGAGCACCAGAACUUUUACUCCAGUGACAUGUCCUUGGGCUACCUGGUACUUUCUGUGAAGUAUGAACAGAUUGAGAAACAGGAAAAUCUACGCCUGUUGCUGAGGACUCGGACUGGCACCAAACAUGACCUGAUCCCCAUUUCCUGUCUGAAUGAGUUUCCCAAUGCUGUCCAGAUGGCAAAGCUACUGUGUGAGGAUGUGAAUGUUGAACGCUUCUUUCCUGUCCUCUACCCCAAGGCUUCGCAGCUUAUUGUUGCAUUUGAUGAACAUGUCAUAAGCAAUAACUUCAAAUUUGGGGUCAUCUACCAGAAACCUGGACAGACGACUGAAGAAGAAGUCUUCAGUAACACAGAAGAGAGUCUGGGUUUUCUGGAGUUCCUGGAUUUCCUUGGUGACAAGAUUCAGCUGCAGGAUUUCCGUGGGUUCCGGGGAGGCUUGGAUGUUACCAGAGGUCAAACGGGCACUGAGUCGGUCUAUACAAAUUUCCAGGGCAAGGAGAUCAUGUUUCAUGUGUCUACAAAGCUGCCCUUCACAGAGGGAGAUUCCCAGCAGCUUCAGCGGAAGCGUCACAUUGGGAAUGACAUUGUAGCCAUCAUCUUCCAGGACGAAAGCACACCUUUUGUCCCUGAUAUGAUUGCUUCUAAUUUCCUACAUGCUUAUGUGGUAGUUCAGCUCACUCAUGGCACCACUGGGGACACUCUCUACAAGGUUUCAGUCACAGCCCGAGAUGAUGUUCCCUUCUUUGGACCCCCUCUGCCAAAUCCAGCAAUAUUUAGAAAGAGUGCAGAGUUUCGUGAAUUCCUCCUGGUCAAGCUCAUCAAUGCCGAAUACAGCUGCUAUCGAGCUGAGAAAUUUGCUAAAUUAGAGGAAAGAACCCGGAGUGCCCUCCUGGAAAGCCUUUUUGAGGAGCUGCAGCUUCGCAGCCGCAGUAUGAUGGGAUUACCUGUAGGGGAGGAUGACAAGAUAGAGAACGGCAGUGGGGGCUUCCUCGAGAAUUUCAAGCGGGUGAUCAGAGGCCGCAGCCAGAGCCUGGAUACCAUGGGGAUAUCCAUGAGAAAGCAGCAGCCAGCCACCCUGCCCAGCCGCCCAGCUACAGCUGGCCUCGCUCUCAGCCAGAGUGUCGCCGAGGGCCCUAAGGCCAUUGCUGCGUCUUUUGCCUUGCCUGGUAGGAGCCCAUCACGUACUCGAGCCAGCCGCUUCCAUGGGCGACGGAGUAGUGCCAUUGGCAUUGAGAACAUACAGGAGGAAAAGAGAGAUACUGCAGAGAGGAUACAGAAGGUGCUGGACAGUCCAGGAACUUUCUUUGACCUGAAGUCUGAUGGAUCAUCCAGUCCCAGCUCCCCAGAGUUCCCCAGCAGGAAGAGCAAGCUGGUGACUAUCUGCAGUAGUUCAGCUACCCAAUUGUAUGCUGUAGGACUGCCCAGAAUUUUGUCACAGCCAAGGUGCAGAGUUCUGGUAAGUAUGUUUUUGUGAUACUAGUUUUUGGGUUGGGUGGGUGUCCAAAAUUUUGGUGGGGAGGAGGAUGGGAAAACAGCUAGGGGAUACAGAGCACUUAAGAUGCUAGCUCUGGUGGCCAAGGAGAAGAGAGAACACAGGACAUGGAACCGCUAAUUGGUCAGCAACCCCCAUCUUCCAGCAUUACCACAGCAUUCCACCUCCCCUUCCUCAUCCUGCCUGGGACCUUGCUAGUGAACUAGAAGUUCCUGGCUAGGUAUGUGUGAGGGACUCUUGCUCUGAUUAGGUAGCUGAAGUAACCUUGCAUAAUCAGCAAGAAUUCUGCCUAGCAAGAAAACAUCUCAUAGCUCGGUUAGUCCUGGCUACCCUACUGUAGAAUGUGUGCAUGUCCUGGAAAAAAAUGAUGAAGCUUUCUUGACAUCUGUUCCUGAUUUCUGCAUUUGAUUGUGGGCUUCCCCCACAUCCCAGUGCCAUUCUCCAUUCAUCAGCUGAGGAGGUGAGCCAGUUGCAAUGGCUGUUUCAAAUCAGCAUCACAUGCUUUCAGAGAGCAAACAUAGCAUGGGAUUUCACUAACAAUACUUGCGUGAAUAUUGUUUAUGCACGAGGCAUGACCUGUAUGAUUUGGCAGUCAGUCUGCUUCUGUCCUAGGAUUCUCUCUAUGCAUCUUUUUCCAGUCAUGGACUCAGACCCAUUUGUAUGAUCACCAGAAAGUCUUUUCACAGUUGUGGUGGUUUAGCCCAUUCCUGGACAGUUUGUUUAUGAGGUGGGAUGUAGCAUGGAGUUUUGCACAACUGGUGAUUAGCCAGAGUUAGAGUUGUGAUUUCAGAGUUAGGCACCAGCCCACAUGCAGUCAUACCUUCUGCGUCACAUCUCGGACAGGGAAUCAAGGACAUGUAAUUCAACCAUGUAAAGCACACCAUUUUCACCAAGACCAUACUAGCACAGUAUUGCAGGAACAGGCUAGGAGUGUAAUUCUAACAAGUCUCUCUUGGAGACAGUUCUACUUAAGUUCUACUGAAAUAGUCUGUUUAUUGUUCAUUAAUUGUGGAACCACAAAUCAGGAUCAUGAUGUAGGCAUAUUUCUAAUGCAAAAAGAGUUCCAACUGGUUAUAGAGUAAUUUAUGCAGCCCCUAUUAAAAAUGUUAUCCCUGGCAGUAUGUCAUCACUCCACUCCUGUCCUCUCCAGGGCGUAGCGUCACAGGAAAUUUCUCAAAAUUCAAAAAAAUGUCCAGCAUGUCACUGCUGGUCUUAAAUAAUCAUUUCAGAUUCCAGACUUGAAUGAUCAAACUCUUCAUCUAUGUUCUACUACAACCAACCUGGAAACAAAUGCAAGGGGAACACAUAAAUAAUAAAUUAAUUCUUUUACAGUAGAGACAAACGAGCUCUUACUUUCUGUCCUUGCAUGCUGAUUUCCAACAUGCCCUUCUGCAGUGAUCCGCCUGCAAUCCAUGAAACCGCAUUGCUCACUUGGGCUAACAGCAUCUUCUCUCCCACAUGCAGGGACAAUUGUCCCUAGUUUUUCCACUCUACUGCCCAGGUAGCCUUCCAAAUAAUCCUUCUUCCCAGGGGACAGACUCAAAAGAAUGGACCCAGUCUAAGUAACCAGGUAGCAAAACUCCUUAGCAUCAGAUGGCUCUCUGGGUUGCAUCUGAAAAAUCAAGCACUGUACUGUGUAUGUCCAUAUCCUAGGAAAAGUACAUGGGUUUUUUGUGUGUUUUCCCU